GUUGGCUCCCGGAGCAGUUUCCCGAUCCGCUUUCCUCCAACCUGUUGUUCGGCCACUAAAGCGACACCGAAUAUCCGCCACCACGUCAACUUUUUAAACGCGGUUAAUGACUUUAUUCGCAUCUUUGAUAUCUGCCACGCGACCGUUCUGUGUUUCCUGCUGGUAGUACCGCUACUGCUGUGUUGCUGUUCUACGAGGGUUUCCAAGGUUUUCCAGAAGUCGAUUCGGAAUUGUGAAGACUGGCGUCAAAGCAACCGAAAAGUGAUUUGAUGAAGAGCAGACAUCAAUUCCGCAGGCGUUUUAGCUUGCAGCCUUCCUUUCUAAAAGAAGAGCCCGAAGAGGAUCGACACCAUUCAGCUAGGUCGCAGAAGAGCGAAGAUGCCGAAUCGGUGGAGAAAAACGACCAUGUUGGUACCGGCAUGGGAAGCGUUUCACCAGUGGGCAACAACGUCCGACAUAAGGUAGUAGUGAUGGGCGCCGCUAGAGUGGGCAAGUCUUCCAUUAUAUCGCAAUUUCUUUACGGAACGUUCUCCUCCAAAUACAAGAGAACCGUAGAAGAGAUGCAUCAUGGGGAUUUCAAUGUAGCCGGGGUCCAUCUGACUCUGGACAUCUUAGACACGUCCGGCGCAUACGAGUUUCCGGCCAUGCGCGCCUUAUCGAUAUCAUCGGCGGACGCCUUCAUCUUAGUCUAUGACGUCACCGAUUCGUCCACGUUCGAAGAAGCGCGAGCGCUGCGCGAUCAAAUCCACGAGACCAAAUGUUCGGCGAACGUGCCCAUCGUCGUUGUCGGGAACAAAACCGAUUUGACAGGAGAUCGAGAGAUCGACACGGCCACAACGGAAUCCGUCAUAACGGUAGACUGGGAGAACGGCUUUGUAGAAACCUCGGCGAAAGACAAUGUCAACAUCUCGAAAGUAUUCAAAGAACUUCUAACCCAAGCGAAAGUCAAGUACAAUCUGAGCCCGGCCCUGCGUCGCAGACGCAGGCAAUCGUUGCCCUCUCAAUCGGGACCCCCUUCGACACCGCAGCACGCGGCCAUGAUACCGUCUGCGGUGCAGUUGCAGCACCUGCAGCAGAUCAGGGACCGGCACGGCAAAAGGAAUUCGUGCAUCAUCUCCUAAGUUCGACUUUUCUAUGUAGAAUAAUAAGUUAAAUGAUUCGAACGGGAAGGUAUAAAAGAGGUCCUGGAAGGAUAUGUUUUAAUUGCAGAUGUUCUAAAGGAUGUUUACCACAAAAUCAAAUUGAUUCCAAGUGGCUUUUAAUAAUUAAGAUCGGUUCUAGAUUUAUAUAUUUGAUUUGGUACGUAAUCUUCUUGUUCUCUUAAGAUUUUUUAAUUCAGUUCAUUUACUACAUACUUAUUUAAUGUCUACCAGUUAAAUGAUGAUUUUAAAAAUUAGAAACGUCGGCCAGCAAUGAGGAAGUUAAAAAUUAAUAAAUAUGCCUGUUUUAUACCUUCCCGUUAUUGUGUUUAUACUAAUAUUUUUGAUGAUUUUUGAAAUCUAUUUAAAAAGACUUACCGCAUAAAAUGAGUUCUAUAUACGGGUAUUUGAAAACUUCAUUACUCCAUAUACAGGCUGUGCCGUAAAUAUACAGACAAACUUUUAUUUUUGAAUGUUUUUUCCAAAUUUUUUUCCAAAUGUUCAUAAACAUGAGAAGGCACAUGUCGUUAUAAAAAAUGUGAGAUUUGAUAUUAUAUUUUAGAUAUAUCAAAUUUUAAGAGCAUUAAAUUCUACAUGCAAAAAUAAAUAAAAGAUCUAAAAGUUCUUAGUUUUUAAAUUUUUAAUUUAAAAGAAUUUUCUUUAUAUUUAUGACAUUGAGAUCAUAAUCACUUUUACAGAAAUUUACAUAUGACUUGCACAUCACAAUAUUAUUUUAUUGCUGUCUGUUUCAAACAAAAUCUUGAACAGAAGCAGAUCAAAGACCAUUUAUAGUCAAACGAGCAAGUAAAUAAGUAUAGAAAAGGGGAAUCUAAGGCAUAUGGCAACGUACUACAAGUUGAAGCAGACAGAUCAGCUCGAAUGUCAGAUGUAAAAUGUUUAACAUCUCGGGUUUAACUUUAUUAAAAAAAGGUUUAAAUACGGUGUCUCAAACUGAAAUAAUACAAUUUAUCUUUGAGACAAAUGGUCUUAAGUAUGAUAUGAUAUAGUAUAGUGUUAAACAAUAAAUAUUAUGUAUUUUAUAAAUGUUUUUUUAUUAUGUCCCCUACUACCGCAAAAAGUUUGUCGGUAUGUUUUCGAAACACCCACAAGUAUAUUUCUAUCAUUUGGCAUUCAGUUCAGGAUUGCAUACAUACUUAAUAAAUCACACGAAAUCAUCAAAAAUACAUUAAAUAUUAGUAAUUAAUAAUACUUAUAUCUAUUCAUGUGCAGAUUGUUAGAUUGUGAAGUCCAAAUUUCUUCUAUUUUAAGUAAAUAUAUACUUUAAACGGUUUUCUUAUUAAAAAUAAACAUACGGGUUAUAAAAUAUGUAUAUAUAAGUAAAUAUUUUUGUAUCGUUUAUCAAAAGAGAAAUAUCUCUAUAUACAGUGUUACCCGCCUUACUAAUUUCUGCACAAUGAUAAUUUCAUAUAAUUUCAACCCCUUGUGCAGGAUACCACCCUUGAAUAUUUUAUAUGGCAACAAGGGUCGACCGAUAGCUCAUUUAAAAUAAUAUAGGAAUUUUUAUUGAUUUUUUAAUAAAGGAGUCAGCAAUCAAAAAAAAAAAACCGUCUCACAACAAAUUUCGUGCAAGUUUGAGGAAAAUUUAUAAUUUUUCAACAACCAUUCUGAAUUUCUGAAAUCAAAUUUGAAGUCAGCUGAGCGAAAACCCCUUUUUUACAAAGAUUAAUAUAAUUUUAGAACAAUUUAUAAUAAAUUUCGUCCAUCAUUUUGAAUUUCUGAAAUAGUGGUACCAAAAACUUUCACAAACUGGACCCCGCACUAAACUUAUGGAAAUUGGGUCCCGGUCAAAUUCGCUGAAUUUUUGAUAUGUGAUAGAGUUCAUCAUAUUGGUCAAUUGUCUUAAUGGCCACAAAGCUCAAAAAUGGAUAGUUUGGCCGGUACAGAGCUUUAAAGCUCCGAGUAUCCUCCACGGACUUAUGUAUAUGCGCAGUGUGUAUAGACUUUUGAAAUAGCCUAUUUCAUUUUUUUUAUUAUCUAGGUUUAUAUUUUUGAGGUUGCUGAAUUCAGAUCUGUUGUUAGAUUUUCAAAAUUGACAGUUGGCAGCUGUCAAAUAGCUGUCAAUGUGCUAUAAUAAAGCCAAUAACUUGUUUUUUUAUGUUUUAUCUUUCUUUUUUUUUUAGUUCGAUAAGUUCAAAGAUGAUAUCAAAUCAAUAACAAUGACUAUCGGCAGCUGUCAUUUAGCUGUCAACAAUUCUUCAAAGUCCGGUAAUAAAGUCAAAAAAUUAUUUUUUGUUUAUAACUUCAAUUUUUUUAGAUAAGUGAAUAUAAAUAUGAUAUAAAAUUAUGUAGUCCUCAGCUUAUAGCUGUCAACAAGCUGUCAACUAACUGUCAAAAUGCAAUAAUAGAG